AUGAGUAUUGAAUGCUAUCAGGUUUCUAACUUUUUAUCAUAAAAAAAAAAUAUUAUAAAUGACUUAAAGCUAAAUUAUUUAUUUUUCAAAAAUUUUACCUAAGGAGUAAAGACUAUUUUAACUUAAACAGUUACAAUCUCGAAAAUCUGUCAAAGUUCUUUUCAGCUUAUACUGAAAUCACUGAGGACGCAGCAAUUAAAAUAAGCAAGCUUACUGAAGAAAUUAAAUUGUCUGACAAUACAUCGUCGUUGCAGUCCUUUUUUUCCGACUUUUCUGAGUCCUUGAGGCUUGAAGCAUCCCAUCAAUAUAACUUUGCAAAGUAAUUUUCAAAUUAGGACGCUAAAAUCCCUGCUUAUUGAGCCUAUAGAAGGUUUCAGAGAAAAUUUCGCCAACAGCUAUGUACAUUUUAUUAAUGAAGGCCACAGUAAUGCUCAUUCACUUUCUAAGGCAAAAAAGCAGCUAGAGCUCAAUAAGAAUGCAUAUUUUAAAGCCAGUGUCCAAGCUGAAAAGGCCCAGCGGGUUUUAGAGCUAGAGGAUGAAUUUGAUAGGGUAACUCUUGCAUCAUUGAAUGCAGAAGAAAUGAAAAACCAAGCCCACAAGGCCUCAGAAAUUUAUUUUUCUUCUAUGGCUGAAGAGAAAAGACAUUGGGGCGAAUAUGAAGCCUUGAGGAAAAAAAUAUGCUGUGCCUUAAGAGAUAAUGAAGAAACCAGGGUCCAAUUUAUUAAAAAAACAAUAGAAAAAUAUUUGAAGUCAAAAAGCAGCUUUUAUCAAUCACUGCAAGCUGAUACUGCUGAGCUGACAGAGACAAUAAAUGAAGUUUCCCCUAAAGACAUCAGUAGCUUUGAAAGCGAAUGCUUAGACUUAUUCAAGCCUUUCCCUCAAGAAAAAUGGGCGAUCUAUGAAGACUGGAAAAAUGACCUUAAAAAACUAGGGCAAGAUCCUCUUGCUAUGGAGCAAGGGUAUAUCAGUCCAGGCAUUGGAUAUGUUCCAAUGCAUACCACUCUUGCUUUAAUUAAAGAAAUUUUACAUAGGCUGUUUCCGAAAAAAGAAAGGAAAAAAUCAUUCAGCAGCUCAAGCUCUGAUAGUAUGAGCUCUUCAACUGACACUGAAGAAAGAAUUAAUAACCAUACCAUUGUCUCGUUAACAGAUGUGCUUCUUACAACUGAAGGCAGAAGAAUAUUUAUCCAGCUCCUAGAGUCCAAAAAAUCAAGCCCAGAUUUAGAAAUCCAGCAUCUGCAAACCCUUGCGAAUUUUUUGACAAUUAUUUUAAGCUCACUUAUGAAUGAAGCUGACUGUGAUUAUAAUUUAUUUUACAAAAUUGUGGUACUUUCUCAUAUAUUCAGGACCGCUGGGGUAAAAAAAGGGUAUCUUUUUGAGCAUUUGUCACAUCAUCCUAUUUUCCAGAUAAGAAAAAUGUGAAGCCAGACGAUUGAAUGUGCGAUUAAUUCAAAAGUUUUGGCUGAUAAUGAAGCUUUUCAUAGGGCUCGAAAAAGAAUUAGGAAAAAUAAGGUCCAGCCGAAAAAUUUCAAAAAUUCUAAAUUUUCGGUAGAAAAAUCAGAAAAAAAUACGGCGACUUUGCUGCUGAAUCAAUUUAACUUUUACAUGGCUAAUUUGAAGGUUCCUUUAGAACUAGCAAGAUCAAUAAUAUCUGAAUCAGCCCAAAGGACUAAAGUGGACGAAGAAAGAAGGUUUUCAUUGAUGACUGAGCUUCAUGCAGCGCAGAUUGAAUUUUAUAAAAAAGAAUUCGGAAAGCCAAAAUCGCUUAAAAAAAGAUCUGCUGAAAGAGAUGAGUGAGGCAGGUUCAUGCCUAUAGGUCUUUCUCUCCAGUUUCUCACAAAAGAGUGUUAUUUGCCGCUUAUGCUAGUUUGCAAGCACUGAUACUCUAAUUUAAAGCUUAAAAUCAUCAAGCGAGCUCUAAUAGAAGACUUAAAUGACAAAGUCCGACUCGAAGCAUGAACCUCAAUUUUAUGCAAGCCAGGAAAAAUUUCUUAUACAGAUCUUGUUAAUAAGCUAAAAGUCGACAAAUCUUCAAUUGAAAAAGUCCAAGAUGUCAUUGUGAUGGACAUAUUAAGGUCAUACCCUAACGACCCUAUUGUUGAUAGUGAAAAACUCAGAAAUAUCCUCCAAGCUUAUGCUUCUUAUAAACCUGACGUAGGGUACUGUCAAGGGAUGAAUUUUAUAGCAGGGACACUUUUUUACGUUCUAAGAGAUGAGGAAAAAGUCUUUUGAUGCCUCUCCACUAUGAUCCAAAAAUUUAAAAUGGAGGAACUCUUUUCUUCCAACCUCUCCAAGCUAAAACUUUUCUUUUUUACAUUAGAUCGAUUUUUAGCGUAUCUUUUGCCUGAAGUCCAUAAAACUUUUAACGCUGAAAUGAUCAGUUCUAACCAUUUUGCGUCUUUAUGAUUUAUUACAUUAUUUUCAGGGAUUCUAAACAGCAAAAUAGAAAUAUUGCUUAAAAUUUGGGACCAGUUUUUUUAUGUAAGAUUUAUUUAGAAAGGCUGAAAAGUUAUAUUUAAAGUCAGCAUUGCGCUGCUAACUAGGAUAUCGGGACAUAUUUUGCAUAAGAAAUUUGAGGAUAUUUUGUCUUUGAUGUCAAGCCUUCAUGGCCCGUUUGCAAAAGUGAAUGUGUUUGAUAAUGAUUUGUUUAAAGAAAUGGGGUAUAUAAAAGUAACAAAUCAAAUGAUAGUCCAGGCAAGAAAAGAGUAUGAAAAAAUUUGUGAACAAAUGAGGGAGAAAUAA